UGGCUUAGCAUGAAUAACAAUCAGCCUCUCGCAGCGCUGCGAGAAUCAUCCCUGAGCGAGUGGAAGCGCGCGCGCGCAGAGAGAGAGCCAGAACUGGCGGAGAGGGAGCGAGAGAAAGAGAGAGAGCGACGGAGCGAAAUCGAGCCCGGAAUAGACAUUUAAAAAAAAAUGUACAGAGCUACCAGAGAAGAAGAAUAAGAGUAGGAGGAGGAGAUUAUCCAAGGAGACGCGAACGAAGGAUGACAGCUCACAAACAAGCGGCUAAACAGGCACGAAGCCGCCUGGACUGCGCUAGCGGGCAGCGAAUAUGACGAAGUAGUUUUGGGUGUUAACGGCAGCGAGCGGGACGCGUUGAGGAGGCGAGAGCAAGCAAGAUAAAAAGGGGGGCUUGGGUUAAGCCUCCGAUCGUCAAGCGGGUCACAAAACAGCAGUGGUUGGGCGGUGGUAGUGGUGGUGCUGACCCUGUGAACGGCGGUGUUCUGUCUGUUAUUGCGGCUGAUGCUUUGCCCGCGGCUGAUUUGGUUGGGUCUCACUCAGAGGUGAAGGAGCAGUCAAAAGUGUUCGACAAACCAAUGGACUGAACGAACGGUGGCCAAGUACUUGGAAGAAAAUUUGCCUGCGGUAUUCCUAACCCGACCACCACCACCACCACCUCGACGAAAACCAGUCCAGCAGAGACCGGCAGUAACAAAAAACAGGAGAGAGGGGAAUAAACCCCCCGCCUCUCCCCCCCCCGGCACUCCAGUGACAACCGCUGUGGCUGGGAACCAACGAAAAUAAAACACCGCACAUCGAGUGGCCGAGGAGGAGGACAGAGGAGGGAGGCGGGGAGGAAGACGACAACCGCCGGGGAGAGAGAACGGCGGCUGGUGGGGAGGGCACCAUGUUCGACCGCCUGUGCCCCGUGACGCGCAGCAUUCGGCAGAGCCUGGCCAUGGAGCUGAACGUGGAGGGAAACAGCUGCGUGGCGCUGCAGCGCUACCAGCCCCGGAGGCCCGACGAGGAGAAGUCCGUGAGCUCCGUGCAGGACUGGGGUCAAGAGGUCGAGGAGGGCGCCGUCUACAGCGUGGCCAUGAAGAAGAUCCAGAUCAAGGAGGCCUCGCACAAGGGACACAGGUGGCUCGGGGUGGAGAGCGACCCGCGGGCGCCGGGCCACGGCGGGGUCGACCGCUACGAGACGUGCCGCGUGCGGAGCAUCCGCGCCGGGACUCUCGCCAAGCUGGUGGAGAACCUCCUGCUCUCGUUCGGGGACAACGACUCCAUCUACAUCAGCGUCUUCCUGGCCACCUUCCGGGCAUUCACCACCACCGGGGACGUCCUGCGCCUCCUCAUCGACGAGCACGGCGAAAGGAAGAAUGGAGAUUGCGGUGAUGGCCACGACCCAGUAAAGUCUGCGGACCAGACGUUCGUCAGGAAAGCCAUCGCCUUCAUCCUCCGAGUGUGGAUGGACCAGUACCCCGAGGACUUCCACGCCGACGCCGCGUCGCUGGCGCUCGUGCUGUCCUACGCGUCGCGCGUCCUGCCCCACUCCGAGCUGCAGCGGCGGGCCCUGAGCCUGCGCUCGCCGCGCCCCGAGACCCCCCCCGGGCCGCCCGCGUCCUCGCCCGCGCCAGGCCCAGCGGCGGCGCGGCAGAAGCAAUCGGGGCACGCUCCCUUCAGCCUCGGGGAGGACGAGGCGGACCCGCCAAGUGACGCGCGAGCGGACGCGACGGAGGAGAGGCCCGACCUGCUCUCGUUCCCGGCUCCAACCGUGGCCCGGCAGCUCACCUUGCGUGACGCCGAGCUCUUCAAAAAGGUGGCGCCUCACCACUGCCUGGGCUGCGUGUGGUCGCGCCGCGACCGCAAGGGCAACCGCCACCUGGCGCCCUCGGUGCGCGCCACCAUCGCGCAGUUCAACGCCGUGGCGGCGUGCGUCGCGUGCACCGUGCUGCGCUGCUUGAGCGGCCAGGCGGCUGCGGGGCACGGCGCUCCGGGUACCGGCGCGCGCCACGCAGCGGCGCAGCGAGCCCGCGUCGUCGAGCACUGGAUCGCCGUCGCUCAGGAGUGCCGGAUGCUGAAGAAUUUCUCUUCCCUCCGAGCCAUUCUCUCUGCACUUCAGACGAACCCAAUUCACCGGCUAAAGAAGACUUGGUGCUGCGUGUCAAGAGAGAAGAUUGUGGCAUUUGCGGAGCUGUCGGAGAUAUUCUCUGAUGAGAACAACCACUUCACGAGCCGAGAGCUGCUCAUGAAGGAGGGUACGUCUAAGUUCGCGAGCCUGGAUUCCAACGGCAAAGAAAGCCAGAAGCGGACGUUCAAGCGAUUUCAGACGGCGAAGGAGCCGGGCCUCAUGCAGGGAACCAUUCCAUACUUGGGAACGUUUCUGACGGACCUCACCAUGUUGGACACUGCCUUGCCAGACUACGUGGAGGGUGGCCUGAUUAACUUUGAGAAGAGGAGAAAGGAGUUUGAAGUUAUUGCACAGAUCCAGUUGCUGCAGCUGGCUUGUAACAACUACUCUUUGAGCCCCGAAGGGAAAUUUUUGGACUGGUUUAACCGGCAAGAAAAACUGAGCGAGGAAGAAAGCUAUGCACUCUCAUGCGAAAUUGAACCUCCCACGGAAGUCAGCCCCACGUCGCCCAGGCAAAGAAAGAGCGUCGUCAAGCGGCUCAGCCUCCUCUUCAUCGGGGUUGACGUGACGCCAGGCAGCCCCCAAGCCCGGACGCCCAACGGCGAAGUGGCCGCACUGGAAGAGUCUCCCGAGGGUGGCGCUGCGGGCGCCGCGGGCGGCGAGGGCUGCGGCCCGGGAGAUGUAGCGCCGGCCUCCGGUGGUGGCGGCGGUGCCGGCGUUGGCGGCGAGCGAGCCGACUGCCUGAGCGUGGCGUCGAGCGCCUCGGAGCACGACGCCGUGGGCACGCCCGCCGAUGCACCCGACGGCUGCCCCAAAGAGCUGUCGACGAGCUCCUCGCUCGCCUCGCUCCACUCGGCCGACGUCUCCUCGGGCGUCUUCGCUGGGUCGGGCGUCUCCUGCUCGUCCUCGUCCUCCUCGUCCUCGUCAUCGGCGUCCUCACCCAGGUCCUCGUUCAGGCUGCACGGUCAACGGAGCGUGUUCAACAAGACGCACCAGCGCUCGGUCUCCUGCUGCUCGGCGGUCACCCGCCCCGUCUACAACCGCCAGUCGGACGACUCGUGCAUCAUCCGCGUGGUGCUGCAGUCGCCCAGCGACGGGAACCUCUACAAGAGCGUGCUGCUCACCAGCCAGGACAAGACGUCCAGCGUGAUAGGGAAGGCGAUGGUCAAGUACAAUCUGGAGAUGGAGCGAGCCGAGGAUUACCAGCUUGUGCAAGUCAUCUCGAACGAGAGAGAGCUCGUGAUGCCUGACCGUGCCAACGUCUUCUACGCCAUGAGCACCUCCGCCAACUUUGACUUUGUGCUGCGCAAGAAGGGCUCUCCGAGGCCAGCCGGUCCGGCGGCGGCACCGCCGCCACCGCCGUCUCGCAGCCAGUCCAGCUCGUCACUGCCCAACCUCAAAUCAAAGGGGGGCUCCCUCACCCAGCGGCUCAACAGGGCCGCCCUGUAACGCAGCAGCAAAAUCAGGAGAUGCUCCAACACGCCUGGGCCGCCGUUGUUCGCCGCUGUCGCCUCUGUUCCGUUGUGUCGGAAUGUCACCGCGCGACAAUGCCCUCAGGCCCAGGAUGGAUGUUAGUUUUGUUUGGGGGACGUCGUGGAAUCCCGUCGUCAAGAAAACAGCGUGAUAUCGCUUUGAGAACGGCGAUGCUGACCAUGCCUUUGUUGGAAAUGAGUUCGUUGAAGCCGAUGCCGUACGUAAUGUGUAGAUGAAAGUGAGAGGAUGUGGACCUGCGUAAUGCCGUGGUGUUUUGUGGGGAAGAGAAAGGGGGGAAAGAAAACAACUGGAUGGGUGAGGGUUGUUGAAAGUGCUGGUUUGCGUGUCGAGUGGAGACAUGGUGGUAUCUUGGUCUGAAUAUGACCCCUUUGCACUUGCUUUUUUUUCGAAUUUCGAAUAGGUUUGUUUACACUAAAUGUAAGCAAACGUAAGAUAUUUUUUUGAAAAUGAUUGAGUUAUCAACUAACAUUUUUGACAGAAAUAAAUGAGUAGAACUCAGCUGUGUUUUGAGAGGUUCCAAGACUUACAUUUGUCGUACGGGCUUAGUGGCUAAGUCUAUUUAAUUUCAACAUUAUCUUUAAAUUAUAUACAUUGAAAUGUAUUUUGCAUGUACUGUUGAAAAAUAUAAUUUCUGUACUGUAAUAGCUUUUCAUGUCACUUAAUAUUUCGCAGUGAUAAUACAAUUACAACACUGCCCUCUGGUGAAAUAUAGUGAGUAUAAAAAAGCAUCUGAAUUCAAUGGCUGUCAAAAAACUUGGUGACGUCGGCAAUGAUUGAUUUCGGUUUGUUUUGUAACAGAGCCACAGUUGCUCGUGAUAGUUUAACAAUCGUGUGUUUUAAAAUUCCGCACGAGUUUGCAGAUGUCCCUCUCCCUCAGCUGCAGUCGUGGCUGUCGUGGAAUCGUUUAAGGAUCGAGGUUUCCACCUUGUCCACAGACCAAAUUUCGGACGCAUUUCUCAGUCGGCCUCAAGUCUAUAAAACCUGCUGCAGUAUACAGUGAUUAAGUUCGACACGACAACGCCUACGCCAUGUCCACUUAAUUUACAUUGUAACAAUUAUACAACAGAGUGUAGCAAUUUCGAUUUAAAGCUUUCGUGACUGCAAGGAUUCAUCUUCUUUGGUUCUUUCGGUAAAGUCACGUAGAAUGAGAAUAAAAUAAUAAAAUAACACAAAAAUUCUCACGAC